AUUUCGGAGUCCUCUUGAUCAGAGGCAUCAGAGCAACGCCUGCCUGGGUCUUGUUCCCCACUAACUCCCCGUCAUUCAGAGAUGGAUUACCCUAUGGGAGAUUUUCCUAAUGUUUUUGAAUAUAAUUAUUCAAACUCUAAUUUCUCAGAGGUACCGCUCAGCUUCGAGAGCAGCCUGAGCCCAAUCAUCCUGGUGACUAUUGUCCUCUAUGCCCUGGUCUUUCUAGUUGGCACGCUGGGCAACGGGGCUGUCAUCUGGGUUGUGGGGUUCCAGAUGCAGCGCACAGUGGGCUCAGUCUGGUUCCUUAAUCUCUCAGUGGCAGACCUGAUCUGCUGCCUGUCUCUGCCUAUGUUGGCCACAUCCCUGGGCUCCGAGAACAGCUGGGUGCUGGGAGACUUUGCCUGUAGGCUCUUGCCCUCUUUCAUCAUCCUUGACAUGUUUGCCAGCAUCCUGCUGCUGACCCUAAUUAGCAUGGAUCGGUGUGCCCUUGUGGUGAGGCCCAUCUGGUGCCAGAAUCAUCGUUCGACCCGGCUAGCCUGGAAACUGUGUGGUGUGGCCUGGACCUCUGCUACCCUGCUCACUCUGCCCUCCUUCAUGACUAGAAUGACAAGAUACUAUGAGUUUUAUAACCUGACUACCUGUGUGGUCGACUAUGGCAUCUUUGGCACAAAUCACAGAACUGCCGAAAUCUCUGUGGCAGUCAUGCGCUUCCUCAUUGGUUUCCUUAUUCCUUCUGUAGCCUUCAGCCUCUUCUACGGGCUGCUGGUUUUGCGGGUACGCAGCAGUCGCUUUGCCCACUCCAAGAAGACCCUGAAAGUGGUCCUGGUGGUUGUUGUGAGCUUUUUUGUCUGCUGGGCUCCUUAUCAUGUGGCUGGCCUGAUCAUGGCCAGCAUGGAUCGGUGGAAUCCCCUCUUUCUUUUGGUGAACACGCUGGACCCCCUGACUGUGGCUCUUGCCUACAUCAACAGCUGCAUCAACCCCAUCAUCUACGUCAUCGCAGGCCAAGACUUCAAGGCCAAAAUCCGGCGCUCGCUGACUGCUGUGUUGCACAACAUCCUGAGUGAGGAAACUUUAGCAGCCACCUCCCAGGCUGAGGGGAAAGCUCAGAACACCUGCACCACUACAGAGGAUCAGAGCACUAACACCACCCUGUAAGGAAAAGCCAGC